AUGAUAGCGAAGCAAAGUAAUGGUUUUCAUAGGCUGCAGCUUCAGCUGAAGUCCGCGAAAGAUAAAGGGUCAUUUGCAGAGAGAAAUAACCAGCGAUUUCAAACGGAAGUCACAAGCGCAAAGAAGAAGUUGCUGUGUUACGAUGCCAAGGUUAACAAACUGAAGUCUGACAAAAUUGUACUCUAA